AUGGGACACUUUGGUAGAGUGUGUAGAGGAGCAGAAAAGAAAAUACACGGCAUGGGUAAAAAUUCCUACUCUAGUGAAGAAACAGACAGUUCUGAUGAUGAAUACCAGCAAGCCAAAAAUUUGCAUUUACUGCACCUCAAAAGCCUGAGGAUCCAUGAGGUUGGUAAUGAAAACGACAUGCCGAGAGAUAACAAGUGGUGGGAAACUGUUCAAGUUGGCCAUGGGAGAUUGCAAUGCCAACUGGAUACAGGUGCACAGGCUAGUGUCAUGACCGCUAAGCAGUUACAAAGUGUUGCUCCCAAUGCACGGAUUAAGAAAACACACAAGAGACUUGUGUCAUAUAGCCAACACCAGAUUGUGCCCAGAGGAUGCACCACACUAAAAGUGAAACACAAGGAAAAAGAGAUCAAGGUGAAAUUCUUCAUCAUUGACAAGGCACAUAAUCCAAUCUUAUCUGGAAAAGUGUGCAAAGCCUUAAACCUAGUAAAGCGACUUGUGUCAUAUAGCCAACACCAGAUUGUGCCCAGAGGAUGCACCACACUAAAAGUGAAACACAAGGAAAAAGAGAUCAAGGUGAAAUUCUUCAUCAUUGACAAGGCACAUAAUCCAAUCUUAUCUGGAAAAGUGUGCGAAGCCUUAAACCUAGUAAAGCGAAUACACGAAAUCGACCACAACCUUAAAGAGCUUCUUAUCCAACAUCCAGAUUUGGAAAAUGCAACAGGAUCGAUGCCAGGGACAUACUCGAUUAAGAUUGACCCAACAGUGACCCCUGUAGUACAUGGUCCAAGAAGGCAACCCGCAGCGCUCCUACCAAAGAUUACGAGCAAGCUAAAAGAAAUGGAAAAAGAGGGGCAUUUGGCAAAAGUAACCCAGCCCACAGAUUGGGUUAAUUCCAUGGUUGUCGCACAGAAAGGAGAGAAGAUCCGCAUCUGCAUCGACCCAUCUGACCUGAACAAAGCGAUAAAGCGAGAACACUACCCUAGUAAAACAGUGGAAGAAAUUACCACGAAAAUCCCCGGAGCCAAAGUGUUCUCAGUAUUGGAUGCCAAGAGUGGAUAUCUUCAAAUGAAGAUAGACUAUGAAUCCAGUCUCCUUACAACGAUGAACACACCGUUAGGUCGAUACCGUUGGUUAAAGCUACCCUUUGGCAUCAAAUCCGCACCAGAGAUGUACCAGAGAGCAAUGGAUGACAUGUUAGAGGGGAUAGAAUAUGCAUAUGCCAUUAUGGAUGAUAUUCUGAUAGCUGGCCGUGACGUAGCGCAUCAUGAUGCUGUCUUACGACAAGUCCUUGAUCGUGCUCAGAGCUACAACUUGAAGUUAAACUUCGACAAGGUGAAGAUCAGGAAAGAGGAAGUGCCGUACGUGGGACAUCUCAUAUCAGCACAUGGGCUCAAACCGGAUCCCACGAAAGUCGAAGCGAUGAAAAACAUGCCAGCACCCGAGAACAAAGAUGAUGUCCGCCGUUUUCUGGGAUCAGUUCAAUACCUAGCCAAGUUCUUACCGCGCUUGGCUGAGGUAGAAGAGCCGCUACGGCACCUAACAAAGAAAGAUACAGUCUUCCAUUGGGACAAACCACAGGAAAACGCUUUUCAACGCAUCAAAGAUCUAUGCUGCACAGCACCUAUACUGGCCUAUUAUGAUGUCAAGAAGGAUGUCAAGAUACAAUGUGACGCUAGCAAGAAUGCAGUCGGUGCUGUCCUUCUGCAAGAAGGCAAACCCAUAGCGUAUGCAUCUCGAAAGCUUCGUACAUCCGAGCUAAACUGGUCACCUAUUGAGAAAGAAAUGUUGGCGAUUGUGUUCAGCACAGGAAAAGCCAGAGAAUACAUCCUAGGAAAGAAAACUGUAGUACAGACUGAUCACAAGCCAUUAGAGACAAUUUUUCGCAAACCUUUGCUGUCAGCACCCUUGCGGCUGCAGAUCAUGAUGUUGAAAGUGAAAGGAUAUGACUUGAAAGUUGAAUACCUUCCUGGCAAGAAGCAAGUCAUCGCAGAUACGCUCAGCAGGGCCAGUCUUAAUGUUAUGCCACCCGAAAGAAAGGAGUUUCAAGUCAACAUGCCUGAGAGAAUAUCUGUCACGCAAUACAAAUGCCAGGAACUGCAACAAAGAACUGCGAAUGAGCUACACGAUUUGUAUGCUGUCAUCCAGGUAGGAUGGCCCACCACAAAGUAG